AUGUCCAACAAAGUUGAGCAGGCUGAUAGAUCUCAGUUCCGUAGACGUGCUCAUGAACCGACUGGUGAAGUUGAAACCCUCCGAGGACGUUCUGACAUUGGGCGCAUGGGAGAUCGUGCUCUAGGUGAUAAGAGUUCAAGGCCAACCGAACUCCAAGAGAAAGUGAAUCGCAAGCGUCAAAAACAAGGUGAUUAUGGGGACUCAAGGCGAAAGGAAAAUGUUGUCUCUGCCUCUGGUGGACAGACCAUUUUGGAUUUUGACAACUUGACAGGGUAUCAACCAACGACCCAAGCCGCUAGAGCAUCCUAUGAAGCAAUCCUCACCAAAAUUGGUUCGAAGGCUAUGCUGGGAAACCAGUCCACGUCCAUAUUGAGGGAUGCAGCGGAAGAGGUCAUCCAAAUUUUGAAGGAUUCCAAUCUGAGAGAUCCAGAGCGUCAUGACCAAAUAUCACGUCUUCUCACUGGGAAAGCUGCGUCUACCAGAGGGAAAGCAGUGGCUGGUGGAUUGUCUUCAGAGCAGUAUUCCAACUUUGUUCAACUUGGAAAGCAACUGGAUGACUUUGACAAUGUUACCAAGAAGGUAGCAACUGGUGAAUCGGAUGACGAAGACGACAAAAUGGACAACGAAAUGGGAGUUGCUGUUGUAUUUGACGAAUCAGAUGAAGACAAAGAUGGAGAUGAGGGUGCGAGUGACAUCGAAGACGGUGUUGUUGUCGACGCAUCAUCGGAUUCUGAAGCGGAGGAGGAGGAGGAAGCAGAUGCCGGAGAAGCACUUGACGAUGGAGAGGAAAAGCUGAUACAAGGAGACGGAACCAAGAAGCAGUCACAGCAUACCCAAGAUAGAAUAUUGACCGUUCAUGAAAUUGAUGCCCAUUUUCUCCAGCGUCAACUUUCUCGCCAUUUUGAAGAUGCUGCGGAAUCAGCGCGAUUGGCUGGAGAGGUCCUUUCGGUGUUGGAUGUCCGCAAUGCUAGCGACGUCCGCGAAUGCGAAAAUAAGCUUUUGCUGCUUCUACGUUUCGAUCUUUUCGAUACUAUCAAGCUACUCUUGCAUAACAGAGUUCGUGUUUGGGCUUGUGUUUCGAUGAAGCGAGCGCAAUCAGACGAGGAACGAAAUGCCAUCGAAGAAGCCCUCAUGAAGGACUCGACUGGGGAGGGAAAGAGAGUCUGGAAUGAGAUUCAUUCAAAGAGUAGAGCCGAAGAUUGGUCACGUGAACGGAUGAGAGGCCUUACUGAAGGUUUGAAGGCCGACACUGAUUCUACAGAUGUUUCAAAGGCCUUGGAUUCAAUCAAGGUUAAAGGAGAAAGUGUCACCGACGAGAAAAUGCAAGUCGAUGAUGAGAAAGAGAAGGCCGUCGAACUCAAUUUGGAUCAGCUCGCAUUCAGAGAAGGUUCUCACACAAUGAGCAACAAGAAGUGCGAUUUACCAGACACGUCAUGGCGGGCAAUGAAGAAAGGAUACGAAGAAGUUCAUGUUCCAGCAGUUCGUAGCGUAAUUCCGAAAGACGAAAAGUUGAUCCCAAUCAAGGAUUUGCCAUCUUGGACUCACCCUGCUUUCAAAGGAAUGGAGAAACUCAAUCGGGUUCAGUCGAAAAUGUGCGACGUCGCUCUCAAAUCCUCUGAAAAUGUUUUGCUUUGUGCACCAACUGGCGCUGGUAAAACCAAUGUUGCCUGUCUGACGAUGUUAAAUAUUCUUGGUCAAUACCGACGAGAAGUUGGGAACGACGACGCUGAGGAUGAAGACAAAGAAGAGGUCUAUGAUCUCAAUUCUUUCAAGAUUGUCUAUGUUGCUCCGAUGAAGGCUUUGGUCCAAGAACAAGUGAAAAACUUCUCGAAACGUUUGAAGGAUUAUGGAGUUGUUGUCAGGGAGCUGUCUGGUGAUUCAAGCCUUUCAAGGCAACAAAUUGCAGAAACACAGGUGCUUGUAACCACACCAGAAAAGUGGGAUGUCGUGACUCGACAAGGAGAAGGACGAGCUUUUACUCAAUUGAUCAAACUUGUCAUCAUCGAUGAGAUUCAUCUUCUCCAUGAUGAUAGAGGUCCCGUCCUUGAAAGUAUAGUUGCAAGGGUUGUCAGGCAAGUAGAGACGACAGCCGAGCCCAUCAGACUUGUAGGUUUGUCGGCGACUCUUCCGAACUAUGCUGAUGUCGCGGCCUUCCUACGCGUAAAACCAGAAAAGGGUCUUUUCUUCUUUGACCAUUCUUAUCGACCAGUACCAUUGCAAAUGCAAUAUAUUGGUAUCACCGAGCGUAAUGCUUUCAAGCGAUUCCAGCUCCAGAAUGAGAUUUGCUAUGAGAAAGCUCUUGUACAGAGACAAAAUGGAAAUCAAAUGCUUAUCUUUGUUCACAGUCGGGCAGAGACCGGUAAAACCUCAAAGGCACUUCGCGAUAUUGCAUUGGACCGGGAUGAACUCGCCAACUUCGUUCGUGAUGGCGGCGCGACACAGGAGAUUCUCAGAGAGGAAGCCUCAACGGUAAAGAAUGCCGACUUGAAGGAAGUACUGCAAUAUGGCUUCGCAAUUCACCACGCUGGUAUGGGACGGGAAGACCGUGAACUGGUGGAAGAUUUGUUUGCAGAUCGUCACAUCGCAGUAUUGGUUUGUACAGCUACCCUUGCAUGGGGAGUAAACCUUCCAGCGCAUGCUGUCAUCAUCAAGGGGACGCAAAUAUACGAUCCUUCCAAAGGUCGAUGGGCCGAGCUAAGCCCUUUAGAUGUCCUGCAGAUGCUUGGUCGUGCCGGACGCCCGCAGUACGACAACGAGGGAGAAGGUAUUAUCAUGACUCAGCACAGCGAACUGCAGUACUACUUAUCAUUGACGAAUUUGCAGCUACCUGUUGAAAGUCAGUUGAUCAAGACUCUGCCUGACCACUUGAAUGCGGAAGUUGUUCUCGGGACUGUGCAAUCAAUUAAAGAGGCAGCCGAGUGGCUUAGCUACACAUUCUUAUACAUCAGAAUGCUCCAGAACCCCAGUCUAUACGGCAUUCAUAACGGGGAAAACGUCCUGAAGGAAGAUCCAACUCUAGAACGUCGCCGCAUGGAUCUGGCACACACUGCUGCAACGAUCUUGGAGAAGAAUCACUUGAUUCGCUAUGACAGAAAAAGUGGCGGAAUUCAAGCAACGCCCCUUGGCCGUGUCGCCAGUCAGUUCUAUAUUUCGCAUUCGUCAAUGGCGGUGUAUAGUAGACACAUGAGACCAAAUAUGUCUGAUAUUGAAUUGCUGCGGCUUUUUGCAUUGAGCGGUGAAUUCGCUCAUAUUACAGUCCGCGAAGAGGAAAAGCUGGAAUUGGCCAAACUUGCUGGCAGAGUACCCAUUCCGGUAAAGGAAAGUCCAAGUGAGCCUACGGCAAAAGUGAACAUUCUUCUACAGGCGUAUAUUUCUCGCCUGAAGCUUGACGGUUUCGCACUCGUCGCCGAUAUGGCUUUCAUCCAGCAAUCUGCUGCCCGUAUUAUGCGGUGUUUGUUCGAAAUUGCACUUCGACGGAACUGGUCGUCACUUGCAAAACUCACUCUCGCCAUGUCAAACAUGGUGUCAUACAGAGUUUGGCGCAGCCAAUCACCACUUCGACAGUUUCGAAACGUUCCUGAGGUAGUUGCUAGAAAACUCGAACGAAAGUCUGACAUCGAAUGGUCUCGCUAUGUAGAUCUGACAGCGUCGGACCUGGGUGAGCUUGUUGGCGUUCCUAAGAUGGGGCGUGUGUUGCACAAGCUUGUUCACCAAUUUCCUCGUCUUGAGCUCUCUGCAGCGCAGAUUCAGCCAAUCACCAGAUCUCUCCUUCGUAUAGAACUGUCGCUGGCCCCUGCAUUCAAGUUUGAUGUAGACCUGCAUGGUUACGUACAGCUGUUCCAUGUCUUUGUUGAGGAUGUAAACUGUGAGACCAUAUUGCAUCAUGAAUACUUUUCUCUGAAAAGCAGCAAUGCAGACGAAGAACACGCGCUGGGUUUCUCUGUUCCGAUUCUCGAGCCGUUACCGCCCGCGUACUUUGUACGGGUGGUAUCGGAUCGAUGGUUGCAUUCAGAGUCGGUGCUACCAAUUUCUUUCAACAACAUGAUCCUUCCCGCCAAGUUUCCUGCUCCUACCGAACUGCUGGAUUUGCAGCCGCUGUUACCAAGUGCAAUUGGAGAAUCAGCACUCGCUGGGCUUUUCAAGUACAAGGAGUUCAACCCUAUCCAAACUCAGACUUUUCAUGAGUUGUUCAAGACAUCGAAGAACUGUCUCGUAUGUGCUCCAUCUGGUUCAGGGAAAACGGCGUGCGCCGAAUUUGCAAUUCUUCGGAUGCUGAUGACAGUUAGUGACGGAAAAUGUGUCUUUGUCACUCCUACUUCAGAAAUCUUCGAGCCUAUACUGAGAGACUGGAAAAAGCGAUUCGGUCCUCUUAUUGGCGAUUCAUCAAUUGUUUCUCUCUCUGGCGAAGUUUCAUCAGACUUGAAGCUUUUGUCGACCGGAAAGAUAAUCUGCUGUUCAGUUGAGGUAUGGGACAAGCUAACCAGAAGGUGGCGGCAGAGAAAAGCUAUUCAUAGCGUAUCACUAAUCGUCUUCGACGAGCUUCAUUUCCUCGGUGGCGAUGUCGGACCAACAAUGGAAAUCGUGAUAUCUCGAAUGCGAUACAUCAGCAGUCAAUUACAACAGCAAAACGACAGUAGCAUGCGAAUUAUAGGGUUGAGUGCAUCUUUGGCCAACGCACGUGAUGUCGGAGAAUGGAUUGGAGUGAGCAGCAAAAGCUUGUUCAAUUUCUCUCCAAAGGUACGCCCUUGGCCAUUGGAGAUCUACUUCCAGUCUUUCGACCAAAACAACUAUUCUGCUCGCCUCAUGGCCAUGGCGAAGCCCGCAUACAAUGCUGUCGCCCGGCAUUUAGAUGGAAAGAAUGCUAUCAUUUAUGUUCCAAGCCGAAGGCAGGCCCAGCUUUCGGCAAUCGAUAUCAUGUCAUAUCAUGAGAGUCAAGGUGGGAAACCAUUCCUUGAUCCUUCCGCUUUAUCGGAAGUUUCAGAAGUCGCUCGCAGUGUCAAAGAACCCACACUUGCACAAGUUCUUGAAGCUGGAAUCGGGUUUGUUCAUGGUGGAAUGAUUCAAUCAGAUUGGGAGAAAGUUGUUGCACUUUACAACCGUGGCAUUGUCAAGAUCAUUGUCUGUCCCGCAGACAUGUGCUGGAAGUUACACAGCGUUGGCCACCUUGUCAUCAUCAUGGGAACAGAAUCGUACGAUGGACGCGAGCGGCGACACGUCGACUAUAGAAUUGUCGAUUUGUUGCACAUGAUGGGAAGGCACGGUGUUGGAUCAAUUGGAAAGUGUGUCAUAAUGUGCCAUCAACCGAAGAAAGACACUUUGAAAAAAUUUCUCUAUGAACCUUUGCCAAUAGAAAGUCACCUUGACAGCUAUCUCCAUGACCAUAUGGUUUCGGAAACUGUGACCAAGACGAUAAGCAAUAUGCAAGAUGCUGUUGAUUACCUCACGUGGACCUUCCUAUAUCGAAGGCUACCAAAGAAUCCAACAUAUUAUGGACUUACUGGGACAUCGAGUGUCAAUAUCAGUGAAUUCUUGAGUGAAAUGGUUGAAUCUGUCAUGGGUGAUUUGGAAGAAAGCAGAUGCUUGCAGAUUGGCGAAGAAGGAGAGACUUCUCCUCUGAAUCUGGGUAUGAUUGCUGCAUAUUACUACAUUCAGUACAAGACGAUCGAUAUCAUUUCAUCUUCGAUCACAUCGAAGACAAAGAUUCGAGGUGUGAUGGAAAUUCUGUCAGCUUCUUGGGAGUUUGCUUCUCUCCCUCUUCGAUAUGGCGAAGAGAAAAGAGUCAAAAUUUUGGCACGAACGCAACCACACCAACUACCUGACACUGCGUAUGAUGCUCAUUCGAAAGCACUGGUACUCUUGCAGUGUCACUUUAGUCGAAAGGUCAUUCCCGGUGAUCUGAGAGGUGAUCAAAAGAUUGUCUUGACUCAAUCGGUAAAGUUGCUUCAGGCAAUUGUUGACGUGAUUAGUAGCAAUGGGUGGCUAAAACCUGCUCUAGCUGCGAUGGAGCUCAGUCAAAUGAUUGUACAAGGUCUCUGGAAUAAGGAUCAUGUCCUUAAACAGGUUCCACACUUCACGGAUGAAAUGAUUGAUCGCUGUAUCAACUACAAAGGCGAAGAACCGAUAGAGUCGGUUUUCGAUAUUUUGACGAUUGACGAUGAUGUCCGAAACGAUUUGCUCUGUCUACCAGAUAGCAAAAUGGCAGACGUCGCUGUUUUCUGCAACAACUAUCCCAGCAUUGAAGUCUCCUUCGAGGUACAAGAUUCUGACAACGUGACUACGGGCGAUCCUGUCCAAGUUUUAGUUGAGUUGGAGCGUGAGGUCGAUGAGGAUGAAAUGGGUGAAGAAGAAAUUGCAAGCCUCGGCACGGUCUCAUCCCCACUAUACCCUGAAGAGAAGAAGGAAGCAUGGUGGAUCGUCAUUGGUGACAUAUCGUCUAACACGCUGCACGCUUUGAAGCGUGUGAACUUGCUGCAAAAGCAGAAGGUUGUUUUAGAAUUCUUAGCUCCGGAAGAAGCUGGCGAUCACAAAUUGACUCUAUUUUGCAUGAGCGAUAGUUACAUGGGAUGUGAUCAAGAGUACGCCUUGUCCCUGAGUGUAGCUGUCGGCGAAGAUAGUGGAAGUGAGAGCGGGAGUGAUAGCAGUGGCGAUGAAUAA